GGAGAUAUCAAAUACAAGCUAUAGACUCCAUUUACAGGCUCAGAAAGGUCGAUAGGAUAGACGAUGGGUAAAAUAUCAGUUUCUGAAAGCAAGGGUAAGCAGCGUCAUAACCCCUUGAUGAGAGAUAUCUCCAGUCAAGGAGGAAAUUUGAGGGUGACCCCAAGAUCAAAUAACGAAUCAAAUGGUAAGGAAGAAGAAGAAGGAUAUUUGGAUGCAGCCACUUCAAGAAAGAUUUUGCAAUUAGCAAAAGAACAGCAAGAGGAGUUGGAUGCCGAAGAAAACCAUGUUGAAAGUAGACCAAGUUUUGCUGAAUCACUCAGAACUCAAGACAACGAAGAAAGUGAAGAUGAAGAAUACUCUGAUCUUGAAGAAGAAGAAGAGGAAGAACUUUACGAUGAAGAAGAUGUGCAAAUUGAUGAAAAAGAUGCAGCUUUGUUUGAAAAAUACUUUCAAAAUAAUGAAAGCUCCAAUAACGAUGGUUCUAUAAAUUUAGCUGAUAAGAUUUUAGCUAAAAUUCAAGAAAAAGAAUCUUUUAAAGAGCAACAAGCAAACGGUGGAAGACCAGAAGAUGCCGUUUUGUUACCUCCUAAGGUGAUUAUGGCAUAUGAAAAAAUUGGUCAAAUUUUGUCUACUUAUACUCAUGGUAAACUUCCAAAGUUAUUCAAAGUCUUACCAUCGUUGAAAAAUUGGGAAGAUGUUUUAUACGUUACCAAUCCUGAAAAAUGGACUCCUCAUGCAGUAUAUGAAGCCACAAAAUUAUUUGUUUCCAAUUUACAAGCUAAUGAAGCCCAAAAGUUUGUUGAAUCUGUUUUAUUGGAAAGAUUCAGAACCUCUAUUGAAGAUUCAGAAGAUCAUUCAUUAAAUUAUCAUCUUUAUAGAGCAUUGAAAAAAUCUUUAUAUAAGCCAGCUGCAUUUUUCAAAGGAUUUUUAUUACCCUUGGUUGAUUCUCAUUGUUCAGUAAGAGAAGCUACUAUUGCUGCAUCAGUAUUAGCUAAAGUUUCUGUUCCAGUUUUACAUUCUUCAGUUGCAUUAACUCAAUUAGUUCAAAGAGAUUUCAAACCUCCAACCACAGUUUUCAUAAGAGUUUUAAUUGAAAAAAAAUAUGCUUUACCAUAUCAAACUUUAGAUGAGCUUGUGUUUUAUUUUAUGCGUUUCAGAAGAGCUGCUCAACAAGAAAAUGAUAAUAUGAUGGAAGAAGAUAAUCAACCAAAUAAAAAGGAUAACUUACCACCUUUACCAGUUGUUUGGCACAAGGCCUUUUUGUCGUUUGCCCAACGUUAUAAGAAUGAUAUAACUGAUGAUCAAAGAGAUUUCCUUUUGGAAACCGUUAGACAAAGAUUUCAUCAUGCCAUUGGACCUGAAAUCAGACGUGAAUUGUUAGCUGGUAAGCCAAGACUCACUUCUGAACCAGUGAAAGAGGCGGUUAUGAUAGAUGCCUUUUAAAUUAAAUAAAUCGUCAUUGUCAUUUUGAAAAGUGUAUUUUUAGAUAAUUAAUGUUUUAAUAUUAUAUUAGAAUGAACAGGUUUUGAUCGUAG